AUGGCCUAUGACCCUGAUCCCGUGUCUCCCAACACCGGGCAUUUGGCGGCGGUGGAAGAGCGAAAGGUGAAGUCUCUGGUGGCGCUGCUGGUGGAGACCCAGAUGAAGAAGCUGGAGAUCAAACUGCGGCAUUUUGAGGAGCUGGAGACCAUCAUGGACCGCGAGAAAGAGGCGCUGGAGCAGCAGCGCCAGCAGCUUCUGACGGAGAGACAGAGCUUCCACACGGAGCAGCUGAAGCAGGCGGAGAUGAAGAUUCGCCAGCAGAGGGAGCAGCAAGGCUUCACCACGCCGCUUUCAGGUCAGUCUUUAACUAGCCGCGGAGGGCACAUGCCAGCUGGGGCCUCACGACCCUCAGGAGCGCCCAAUGGCACGUAUCCCACCCCUCAGCUCGAUGGCGUCACGGCGGCUCAGCCCCUCCCUCCCGCUUCAAGUCACGGCUGAACGGACGGACACUUAAAUGUGACGUGUGUGUGUGUGUGUGUGUGUGGGUCAAGAACGACAGCAUUGAUGGUCAGAACCUUCCCGAGUGCCCAUUUGCAAAGUUCAUCAAAAGUAUGUGAAAUAUUUGUGUAGCGUGUCCGAGUCGAGGAAUCUUCAGAUUUAACUCGGCUCAUUAAAGUUGUUUUUUUUAUAAUGAAACCAACUCGUCCGCCAGUCUAAUUAAUGCAAGGAUGCUCAAAGACUUAUGU